AGGCUGCCGGCGGCUACAGCCCAGGGCACUGGGCAGAGCGCGGGGAACUGGAGAGAAGCUGCGGAGCUCGGAGACCGGCUGAGCGUCAUGGAGGGCUCUGAGGAGCAACCGGGCCCACGGCCACCGCAUCCCGAGGACCACCGCAUCCGCGACGGCGACUUCGUGGUGCUGAAACGGGAAGAUGUGUUUAAAGCAGUGCAAGUCCAGCGGAGAAAAAAAGUAACUUUUGAAAAACAGUGGUUCUAUCUGGAUAACGUCAUUGGCCAUAGUUAUGGAACCACAUUUGAAGUGACCAGUGGAGGAAGUCUUCAGCCUAAGAAGAAGAAGGAAGAGCCUACUUCAGAGACCAAAGAAGCGGGCACUGAUAAUCGAAAUAUAAUCGAUGAUGGGAAAUCUCAGAAACUUACUCAAGAUGACAUAAAAGCUUUAAAGGACAAAGGCAUUAAAGGCGAGGAAAUAGUUCAGCAAUUAAUUGAAAAUAGUACAACAUUCCGAGACAAGACAGAAUUUGCUCAAGAUAAAUAUAUAAAAAAGAAGAAAAAGAAAUAUGAAGCCAUGAUUACCGUUGUGAAGCCAUCCACCCGCAUUCUUUCAGUUAUGUAUUAUGCAAGAGAACCUGGAAAAAUUAACCACAUGAGAUACGAUACACUAGCCCAGAUGCUGACGUUGGGAAAUAUCCGUGCUGGCAAUAAAAUGAUUGUGAUGGAAACAUGUGCAGGCUUGGUGCUGGGUGCAGUAAUGGAACGAAUGGGAGGUUUUGGCUCCAUUAUUCAGCUGUACCCUGGAGGUGGACCUGUUCGGGCAGCAACAGCCUGUUUUGGAUUUCCAAAAUCUUUCCUCGGUGGUCUUUAUGAAUUCCCCCUCAACCAAGUGGACAGUCUCUUAAAUGGAACAUUUUCUGCUGAGAUGUUAUCUUCAGAGCCAAAAGACAGUGCUUCGGUUGAAGAAAGUAAUGGCACACUGGAGGAAAAGCAGACUUCAGAACAAGAGAACGAAGACAGCAUGCCAGAGGCCCCAGAGAGCAAUCACCCAGAAGAACAAGAAACAAUGGAAAUGGUCUCUCAGAAUCCAGACUAUAAGGAGCCUAAAGAGAGAGGAAGCAAAAAGGAUUAUAUUCAGGAAAAGCAGAGGAGACAAGAAGAGCAGAAGAAAAGACGUUUAGAGGCUGCUGCUCUGCUGAGUGAAAGAAACGCAGACGGUUUAAUUGUAGCUAGUCGUUUCCAUCCCACUCCACUGCUGCUGUCUUUGCUGGACUUUGUGGCUCCUUCAAGGCCAUUUGUGGUCUACUGUCAAUAUAAAGAGCCUCUGUUGGAAUGCUACACAAAACUGCGGGAAAGAGGAGGGGUCAUCAACCUCAGGCUGUCUGAAACCUGGCUCAGAAAUUACCAGGUUUUGCCAGAUCGAAGUCAUCCCAAACUACUGAUGAGCGGAGGUGGGGGAUACCUUCUCUCAGGCUUCACUGUUGCCAUGGACAACCUUAAAGCAGACCCCAGUCUCAAAUCCAGCACCAGCACUUUAGAAUCACACAAGACUGAAGAGCCAGCAGCUAAAAAACGGAAGUGCCCAGAGUCUGACUCAGCCUUUCAAAAAUUGCUUUGAUUUUUGUUCUCAGACAUUAUGCAGUUAAAUAGAUGCAGAUCAUCCAGCAAGGGGCAUCUCAGAAGAAAAAAGAAAUUGCUUUUUCCUGAUAGCGUGUACUAUUCGAAAAGUGGCCAGUGUGGUUACCAACAACUACAGUUCUGAUUCCUUUUUCUUAAAACAAUUGCUUUUAAAGAAUAAAAGCGUUUCCUACUGUGA